AUGCGUCCUGCCACUCUCUUCACAGCAUACGGCCUCUGUGCCAUUCAGCUGACCUGGGCCCAACCUCCGCCCAGCUUCAGCACAACUGUCACUGCUCAGCCCGCUCACUUUGAACAUCCCCCACCUCCGCCGCACGGCAUUUGGCCAAGUGUCAAUGACCAGCCUGCGAAGCAGACCGUGAAGCUUCCUCACCUCCGCCGCACAGCUUUGGGCCAAGUGUGGGUGCCCAGCCUGCUCGUAGGUGUUCCCCUGACCUUGUCUGUCAUGUCUGCUGUGAUACUGACACGGAAAGCAGAACUUGGAAAAGACAUUUUCAACACCCUGGGUGAUCCUGAAGGUCUGGGAUUCCCUCAUACACUCGACAUGAGCCCUGAAUCCCCUGAACUACACCUUGAGAUAAACAUCCACAUGGAUCCUGUCUCAUCUGUCGGCGUCUCUAGCGCAGCAUCGGACUUGACCCUGACAGCCCUCUCUGCACCAGUUGUCUCCACUGUCACGACAACCGCACCCAUUGCUGGUGUGACCACCAUCUUGUCGGCAUCUGAGGUGGCUUCCCCUCCUGCUUCGCCUGCUAACGCUGCGAUCCUCUCCGUCCCCACUGGCCCCAUCAGCCUUCCCGCACACAUUCGUGCCACCAACAGCUCUCAUAUCCUCAGUCAGGAGAAGCUCUCUCCUGAGGGAGAAAAGGACGUCUCACACAUCCUUGGAAAUGACUGCAAUGAUGGCGGUCUCGGGAAUGGAGCCGGCCUCGGUGGUCCCGGCGGUCUCGGUGGCCCUGGCGGUCUCGGUGGCCCUGGCGGUCUCGGUGGUCCUAGUGGGCUCGGCGCCGCUACGACUGUCACCGUCCUGGCCGUUCCUGCAGGCGCAGGUGGUCUAGGUGCAGGCGGUCUUGGGGGCAACGGCCUCGGGGGCAACGGCUUGGGGGGCAACGGCCUAGGCGGCUCUGGCCUUGGUAGCAACGGAGCUGGAGCCUACGGAAAUGGCAAUGGUCUCGGCGGCUCUGGUCUCGGCGGCUCUGGUCUCGGCGGCUCUGGUCUCGGCGGCUCUGGUCUCGGCGGCUCUGGUCUCGGUAGCAAUGGAGCUGGAGACUGCGGCAAUGGGAACGGUCUUGGCGGCUCUGGCCUUGGAGGCAACGGUCUUGGAGGCAACGGUCUUGGUGGAAAUGGAGCCGGAGGCGGACUCGGCAAUGGCCUCGGCGGAAAUGGUCUGGGAGCUGGCGGACCUGCAACUAUCACGGUGCUGGCUUCUCCUGGUGGUGCUGGCUCAGGUCUCGGGGGCUCGGGCCUGGGAGGCUCUGGCCUUGGAGGAAAUGGACUUGGAGGUCCAGGCGGACUUGGUGGCCCAGGUGGUCUUGGAGGCCCCGGCGGUCUCGGUGGUGGCCAAGAUUGCGACGGCCUUGGAGGUUCAGGACUCGGCGGUUCAGGACUCGGCGGUUCAGGACUCGGCGGUUCAGGGCUCGGAGGCUCAGGGCUCGGAAAUGGAAACGGCCUCGGCGGUAAUGGAGGCCUCGGUGGUCUGGGAGGUCUCGGUGGACAAUCUGGCCCAGCAACAGUCACGGUCCUCGCUUCACCUGAUGGAGCACUAGGUGCUGGGUCUGGUCGCGGUUCCGGCAACGGACUUGGUCCUUACAAUGGUCUUGAUGGAUCAGGCCUCGGAAACAACGGGAACGGCCUUGGUGGAUCAGGCACCGGAGCUGGUGACUGUGAAGACGGCAUGGGCGGCGGCAACGGCAUCGGAUCAGGCGGCGCAGGCGGUCUGGGGAGCGGGCUUGGCGGCAACGGGCUCGGCGGCAACGGCGCUGGCGGUGCUAGGAAUGGAGCUGGCGGUGCCAUCAUCUCGACCGUCGCUGUCGUCACCAUCCAGGGAGGAGGCAUCGGCGCUAGGACGCUUGAGGACGCAGGAGACUCGAGUCUGGCCUAUGCAACACAGCCGGCUUACUCUGCUGCGUACAUCGCGCAGUCCUCAGCUCUUGAUGGACGAAGCCCAUCAUCUCUCCUGGCCCUCGCUGUCUAG